CCCGAGCCCUCCCGCACCCGCACCAUUUGACAAGGUUGUCUUCAUGGUGGUCGAUGCAUUGCGGAGUGAUUUCGUCUACUCCGAAACCUCGGGUUUCGCCUUUACGCGCAGCCUUAUACAAUCCGGAUCCGCCUUGCCCUUUGUAAUGGAAGCAACCAGUCCCCCCUUCACCAGGCUAUGUAUCCAGUCCAUGACAGUCGGUGCAAGUCCCGCGUUUGCAGAGGUCUUUUCAAACACACAAAGGGUUGUCGAUAGCGGGACUAGCCGUACGGUCGAUACCUGGCUCAGUCGUCUGAAGGCUUCAGGCCGCGGAAACAUCACAUUUUCCGGGGAGGAAAACUGGCUCAAUCUGUUUCCUGAGAUAUUCGAUAGGGCUGAAAGGUUUGGAAGCCAUUUUCUUCCUGACUCUGCUUCUACCGACCGCGCUGUGGCUGCUUUCAUUGACAAAGAGUUGCAAAAGCAGGAUUGGAGUGCACUAGUUGUGCAUUUUCCAGGACUUGAUCACCUUGCACACAUGGGAGGUGCGUAUAGUCCAUAUAUGCAUUCCAAACAGCAAGAGAUGGACCAAGUAGUACGAAGAGUGUAUCGAUCGAUUCAGAGACAGACACCUCUUGACAGAACAUUGCUCGUGCUCCUUGGUGAUCAUGGAAUGGACGAUCUUGGACAGCAUGGAGGGAACUCAGUAGAAGAGCUCUCUACCCCAUUACUUUUUAUAUCUCCCCAUUUGCAGACUCUCCAUCAAGCCCGGGACGAGAGUGUUGCAUUUCAGGACAGUGGUAAUCCCUACAAAGACCCUGGACAUGUAAGCCAAUUGGACAUUGUGCCUACAAUCUCUGGCCUGCUCGGGCUUCCGUUACCACUUGACAAUCUUGGCAGCUUCAUACCUGAUUUACUCCCACUGUGGGAAAGCCUCGAGGACCGACGACUGCUGAUUCGGCAAAAUCUAGCACAGCUUGGAUGUGGUGAUCGAAUGAGUUACAAUACUAACGCAUCGAUCCUAGAUCCGCAGGAAGGUAUCAGCCAGGGCCUUUAUUUAGCCAAAGAGGUCUCACUUUUGUCCAUGGUGAGCAUCCAUACUGAAGGAGAUAUCAUUGGAACUAAGCGUGAUAGGCAUCUUCAGAUGCUCAAAGCCUGGUCGAUCAAGCAACAGUGCAACAAGUAAACCAGACCUAUUUAUUGCUUGGAAUAACGGGC